AUGAUCUUCAUAACAUGUGUCCAUAACCGUGGCAACGUGACUCAGGUGCCAGCUAAGCAGAGUAUGGAAUGGCAGUUUUAUGUGAACUGGCAUUUUUUAAAAUAUACAGCAGUCAAAGUUUCUAACUCUUUCAGAUUACCUAAUGGUCAAGCAAUCCCAGUUGAAAUUCCUGCAACUCCUGUUGUGUCUUCAUCCAAUUCAAAUGGAACUACCAGUGUCACAGUUCCAACUACUGCAGGUUCACCACUUCAUUUGUUAGAGAACCGAUCACCUCAACAGUCACUUGCAAAAAUGAAGCUGAAGCAAGCUUUGGCUUCCAGCAGCACUGCAGCACGGCCAGGAUGUAAUAAAAUAUCUCGAGCCAAUACUGCUGACCGCAUUGCUGAAAUGACACGAUCCCGUAAUUUCAGUGGUACAAGUAGUACUGAGGGUGAAGGUGAUGAAGAUGCCACAAGUGGCAGUAGUAACCUGGUGAAAGGGGAGAGAAAGCGCCGUCAUUCGUCAGAUAAUGAAGAUCCUGCAGAGAAGCGGAAAAAAUUUCUUGAAAGGAACAGAGCAGCUGCCAUAAGAUGUAGAGAGAAAAAGAAGAAAUGGAUUGAAAACCUCUCUAUAAAAUAUGAUGAGCUAGGAUCCAUCAAUCAAAAAUUACAGAAUGAAGUAUCAUCUCUGCGUUCAGAAGUUGCUGUCCUUAAAUCAAUGCUUCUGCAGCACAAGGAUUGUCCUGUGACUCUCGCCAUGCAGGGAGAUGGAAGUGUGGAGAGUAUGAACUGCAGUAGGGAUUUAACUCCUUUACCACCCAUACUAGCGCCAUUGACUGAAGGUGUUCACAUUUCUUGUCAGUCUCCACUCAAGCCUCGUGCUCGGUCUCUCUCUCUACCAUCAAUUCCAUCAUCUAGCAGCACCACCAUGGAACCUCUGCCUGUUAACUUAUCAUGCACUACUUGUGCUGCUCCACCAACAAGUACAGUGGUUACUUCUGUCUCCUCAUCAACCAAGGUGGGUAUUCUACCAGCAGCAUCUCCAGGUGGUGUUGGAGCAGUGUCCAUGAGCCCCAUCAACCUGACUAACAGCUUCAUAACAUCUAGCCAGCAACCACCAGCCCUCAUUCCCACCACCUCCAGUACCAAUCUAUCUCAACAUUCUGGAACCAUCUUUAAAAUUUCAAAUGCACCCAUUUCCCACAACCACACCUCAACAUCUCAUCACACUCAGCUGCUGCUCCCAGCCACAGGAUCAAAUCGGGUAACUAUGAUGGGAGCUCCAGAAAUAAUAAGUGCAGAAAUCAGUCCUAAGGCCUUAGUGAUGAGUGGAACAUCAAGUAUGAUAGUUGCAGCAAGUGGCUCCCCAGUCACCCACACAUCUGCUCUGGGUCAGUCACAGCUGCUGAAUUUGACGCUACAUCAAGCUCACCAAGUCAAGCCUCCAUCAGUCCUUCGCAAGUCCAAUUGAAGGAUUGUUUUUAGCUUGCAGUCUCCUUUUCAUAAAUGAAUAUUAUGGUAUGUAUUAUUAAAACAA